AUGGCCAGCAACUUCAACACAACACCCAAUAAGCGGACUCAAGCUCUAAACGCACAAGGGCAAAUGGAAAGAAUGGUGGACACAGUAGAUAACCGGUCAUCGGUUGGUCAAGGCCAAGAACAGAAGCCGGUGCAAGUGAUCCAUCAGUCACAUUCCGCUAAAGAAGAUUCAGGAACCGGAAGCGGCGUUCUGGCUAGUGCUACUGCUGCUGUUGCAUCCACCCUUCAGUCUGCCAGAGAAGCUGUCUCUGGAAAAUAG